AAUCUAACAUUUCUUGAAAUGAGAGUCCAUGAAACCUUGAGUGACGACGGAGCACCGAAUAAUACCAACCCAGACACACAAAGUCGCUCCCAGUCCUCACUGAUAUAAGCUGUGCCUCGAAGCCGAAGCAAUUAGCCUAUUAACGUUCACCGGCGCGUGGCUACACUCUUCUCCACCGAUACCGGAGACGAGAGAGAGAGAGACCUUCGUCCUUCUCCAUCACCUCCAAUGGCUACAAAAUCGAUCACGAGUCCUGUCCCCGAUGCAUGGUAUCCAACCCUAGCCGUCUCGAUGCUUGCGAUCGGCCUCUUGGUCACUGCUUCCUUCUUCGUGUAUGAAGCAACUUCAUCUAGGCGGAAUCGGAGUCUUGCCAAGGAGCUUACAACAGGAGCUAUGGCAUCUUUCUUUCUGGGUUUCGGGUCCUUGUUCCUGCUACUAGCUUCUGGUGUUUAUGUUUAGGGUCGUAAUGUGGAAUCAAUGGAGUUUUGCUCUUAAUGUUGAGCUGUUAAUUGUUGACAAACAAGUUUCUGUUGAAAGAGGAUAUGCUUGACAUCGUUAAAUAGAUAUAUUUUUUUGUUUCUUGGUUAA